AUGAAGUUGACGGUGUCGGAGGUGAAAACGUUCCGUCCUGUGAAAUAUUUCAAGGAAAAUUGUGAUAAGAUUAACUCUCUGAGUUACACUGAUAAUGGGGAAGCUAUUAUAUCCAGUAGUGACGAUGAUCAGAUGAUCAUGUAUGACUGCAACUCUGGGACUCCUAAAAGAACGAUUAACAGCAAGAAAUAUGGUGUCAAUCUCAUCCAGUUUACUCAUAGCGCGACGACUGCAAUUCAUGCUUCAACAAAGAUCGAUGAUACAAUUAGGUAUUUAUCGCUUCACGAUAACAAGUACAUUCGGUACUUUCAAAGUCAUGUAAAACGCGUUGUGUCUUUGUGUAUGUCUCCCAUCGAUGACACAUUCCUGUCUGGGGCAUUGGAUGGUACCGUGAGGCUAUGGGACUUACGUUCUCAAAAUUGUCAUGGUGUGAUGCACGUACCCGGUCGUCCCACAGCAGCAUUUGAUCCGGAUGGUUUAAUUUUUGCUGCUGGAAUAAAUUCUGAGUGCCUAAAACUGUACGAUUUGCGCUCUUUUGACAAAGGCCCAUUUGCCACCUUUAAAUUAACUACCGUAGAGGCUCAGGGAAUCGAGUGGACUAGCCUUAAAUUUUCUCCAGACGGGAAAACUAUCCUUAUCUGCACAAACGGCAAUUUCCUUCGUCUAGUGGACGCCUUUUCUGGGGUUCAUCUUCACACACUCACGGUGGCAAAUAAUACGGAGCGACAGACCUUAGAUGCUUGUUUCACGCCCACCAGCCAGUUCGUAAUCAGCACCGCACCGGACGCUUUUCUUCAAGUUUGGUCGGUCGAGACAGGUGGACGAGUGGCUGCAUUACCAAGCUUCGAGGCGGCAAGUCAAAUGACCGGACCCAGUGGGAUGCUCAAUUGUGUCGCAUUUAACCCUCGUUUUGCUAUGCUCGCUACGGGAUCUGUACAGACUUCCUUCUGGUUACCUAACAUUGAUGCUGAGUGA